GCUGGGUCUCAGACAGCGUUGCGGCAUGAAAUAUGAUAUUUUUUAAUAUGAUAUGUUGGGCCAGAAUUGGACGUCUAAAGGGAAGCGCUGAGGGGAAAUGGUGAGGCGAGAGGCGAGGGAACGCUGAGAAAGGCAGCUCGAGACGACGCGCAUCGCACAUCAGUUGGCUCUCUCCUCGGUUGUAGCUGUUCGCUAGCGAGCUAGCCACCGCUGCCUGCCUGGCUUGCUUGGCCCCGAUUGGCUGGCUGGCUUGGCUAGCUGUCUGGUUGGCAUGGCUACGAGCAGCGCGGUGCCCAGCGACAACCUGCCCACGUACAAGCUGGUGGUGGUGGGGGACGGGGGCGUGGGCAAGAGUGCCCUCACCAUCCAGUUCUUCCAGAAGAUCUUUGUGCCCGACUACGACCCCACCAUCGAGGACUCCUACCUCAAGCACACCGAGAUAGAUGGCCAGUGGGCUAUUCUGGAUGUCCUUGACACGGCAGGCCAGGAGGAGUUCAGUGCAAUGCGUGAGCAGUACAUGCGGACGGGAGACGGCUUCCUCAUCGUCUUCUCUGUGACUGACAAGGCCAGCUUUGAACACGUGGACCGCUUCCACCAGCUCAUACUCAGGGUGAAAGACAGGGAGUCCUUUCCCAUGGUCCUGGUAGCAAACAAAGUGGACCUGGUGCAUCUGCGUAAAGUCUCCAGUGAGCAGGGCCAAGAGAUGGCCACCAAACACAGCAUAACCUACAUUGAAACAAGUGCCAAGGACCCACCCAUGAAUGUGGACAAAGCCUUUCAUGAGUUGGUGCGUGUCAUCAGGCAACAGAUUCCUGAGCGGGGUCUGAAGAAGAAGAAGAAGACUAAGUGGCGAGCUGACCGGCCCAGUGGAAACCACAGACUGCACUGCACCAUCUUCUAAUGGUCUCCCUCACUACUGUGUGUGUGAGUGAGAUAGAGAGAGAGAGAGAGUUUGAAUAGAAUAUGUGGAUGUGUGUAAGAAAAAGGGAGCAAGAAAAAGAUGGAAGGACUUUCUGACCCCAGUUAAUGAUUGGGGGGGAGAGUGUGCGUGCGUGCGUGCGUGCGUGCGUACGUGUGUGUGUGUGUCAGACAUCCAAGCAAUGGUGUAUUUGAAUGUGUAUGUGCGCAUGUGUGAGAGGGUGUCUAGACCCUUAUAUAAUUAAGACACCCAUGUGCGGGCAUGUGCGUUUGUGUGUGUGUGUGUGUGUGUACGUGUUCGCACUUGUGCAUGUAUGACACUGAGUUUCUAAACCCGUCAGUAACUUAAAAACACCCAGGCGAUGACAGGCAUGGACUGUUCUCCACACCUAGUGCCUACAUCCUUCAGGUCUACGCAGGUCCACUCUGGUCCGUUCCGGUAAUGGUCUGGUUUCGUCACUGGACUCAUGGGCUCCUGUUCCACUCCAUUCCAGUUCACUCUGGUUUGGUCCACACAGGUCUACUCUUGUCCUCUCUGGUCCGGUCUCCUUUGGCUACCGGGUUCCUGGUUCCCGUGGUCAUAGGUGUCAAUCCCGGGUUCCGAGAGUAAAAAAAAAAAAAAACGCUGCCACAAAUUUGAUCCAACCAGCUUUGAAUCAGCUAAGGAGCUAAGGAGCUAAUGAGCGUUGAAAAGGUAGACAUGUUACUCACCUGGGUUGGAUGGAAACUGUGACAGGGUUUUUUUUUUUACUUCUGGAUCGGAUUUUUGACACUUCUGGUGUUGGUGCCAAUUCCUUGAUGGAUGGAUUCACCCCAGGAGUCUGGACCUCAUGCUUUACUCUCGACAUCAGUUAGGAAAGAGAAAGGAGAAUGUGAGCGAGUGUGCUUGUGAGCUUGCAUGCAUUCUGGUUUGACCUGGAAGUGUGUGUGUGUGUGUGUGUGUGUGUGUGUGUGUGUGUGUGUGUGUGUG